CCAUCCCAUUGUUCGGGUUCCGAUAUUUUAGGGAUCUUUAUCAUCUUCCCACUUUGAACUUUUGGCCAUUCCGGUUUUCUGUUCCCUUUCCAACGUUCUCAUCUCUUUCGCAAAUCACCCGCGAAACAGGAGAAGUGUCAUUCUAACAAGUUCCCGGGCCGCGCUCUUUCUUAAAGAACCGGCAUAAGCGGGGCAGAUUUUCUCCUCAUCACCAGAGUCACACAAACAACCAUGCCUUCCGCUGAGAUUGCGCAGCAGUUCGACUCCAUAGAGGACACAAUUCAAGCAUUCAAAAAUGGCGAAUUCAUAGUAGUCCUCGACGACCUCUCCCGCGAGAAUGAAGGCGACCUGAUCAUAGCAGCGUCAGAUAUGACCACAGAGAAGAUGGCGUUCAUGGUCCGCUAUACUUCCGGCGUCAUAUGUGCUCCCAUUACGCCGGCUCUGUGCAACCACUUUGAACUGCCUCAAAUGGUCCCCAACAGCGAGGACCCCAUUCGGACAGCUUAUACCAUAUCAAUUGACGCCAACUCGCCAGAGACAACUACCGGUAUCAGCGCUCAUAACAGAGCGCUAACUUGCAGAACGUUGGCAAGCAAGACGGCAACAAGAGAGAGCUUUAGAAGACCUGGCCAUGUUUUCCCUUUAAAGGCCAGGGAGGGUGGUGUUAGAGAGCGACGAGGGCACACUGAAGCCACAAUUGAUUUUUGCAGACUGGCGGGAAAGCCUCUAGCAGGUGUGAUCUCGGAAUUGAUUGAGGAUGGAGAGGAGGUGGUUGGACACACCGUACGACGGGAGCCUGGUAUGCUGCGGAGAGAUGGUUGCUUGGCGUUUGGGAAGAAAUGGGGACUGAAGGUUUGUACCAUUGAGGACUUGGUUGCAUAUAUGGAGAAGACUGAGGGUAAGCUGGUCAAGCAGACUAAUGGAACCCACUGAUUGGCUUUCUUUGAUUGUAUCAAAUGGAUAUCAUACAUCAAAAUCUAGAAGUCAUAGAUACCUUUGUUCGCACAAUCAAAACCAUUUUGGGCGUUGAUUUUGGCUUCUUUGCAACUUUUUUAUGUAUCGUUUUUCAAAGCUCUAAUAGUCUGUCUAUGCACAUACUUGGCCAACUUCUUUUGUGUCUCUAGCCAGUUUCUGUAGAUUGUUAAGCAAACAAGUUCAAACUAUUGAAGU